AUGUCCACCAGACCACCACCCCAUCUCACUGCUCACUCUACACACUGUGCCUUCUCUCCACCGUUUCUCAAGCUUGCUGCCCCGGGGAAGCAACUACCGACGACGGUCGAUUCACUGUCUUCACAAAACCGACCAGAAAAUCGUUCCCAAAGUUCCAAUCCCAAAUGGUUCCACUUCAAUAAGCUUGUAGACAACAUCAUCGGCAAUGCAACCAAUGUCAACAGUCAAAACCAAAAUGCAAGACAGAUCGGCCAAGUAAAGUUUUAUUAA